GAUUCGGACCGGAGAAGGGGGCCCGUCUGGGUGGCGCGACGGGCCUCGGACGCCCCAGACGCGCACGAAGAAGCAGCGACAGCAGGGAAGGAUCUCCAUCCCGCCUCAUCAUGUCCCGUCGAAGCCAGCGCCUCACGCACUGCUCCCAGGGUGACGAUGACGGUGGCAGCAGCAGUGGCGGGAGCUCCGUGGCAGGGAGCCAAAGCACCCUGUUUAAAGACAGUCCUUUCAGGACUCUGAAGAGGAAGUCCAGCAACACCAAGCGCCUGUCCCCAGCUCCACAGCUGGGCCCCUCCUCCGACGCCCAUACCUCCUACUACAGCGAGUCCGUGGUCCGGGAGUCCUACUUUGGCAGCCCCCGGGCUGCUUCCCUGGCCAGGAGUUCCGUCCUGGAUGACCAGCUGCUUCGAGACCCCUAUUGGAGCGAGGACCUGAGGGUGAGGAGGAGGAGAGGCACCGGGGGCACUGAGAGCAGCAAGAUCAACGGGCUGGCGGAGACCAGGCUGUCAGAGGACUUCCUCGGGUCCUCCUCAGGCUACUCCUCUGAGGAUGACUACGCAGGAUACUUGGAGACGGACCAGCAGAGCUCGGGCUCACGGCUGAGGAGCACUGUCUCCCGGGCAGGCUCAUUUCUCUGGACGGUGGUCACUCUCCCAGGCCGGCUCUUCAGACUCCUGUACUGGUGGGUCGGCACCUCCUGGUACCGCCUGACGACCGCUGCCUCCCUGCUCGACGUCUUUGUUUUAACCAGGCGCCUCUCGUCCUUGAAGACAUUCCUGUGGUUCCUCUUGCUGCUGCUGCUCCUGACCGGCCUGACUUACGGUGCUUGGUAUUUCUACCCCUACGGGCUGCAGACACUCCACCCCGCUGUGGUCUCCUGGUGGGCAGCGAGGGGCGGCGGCCAGCAGCAAGAAGUGUGGGCAUCCAGAGACUCAUCCUUACAUUCCCAGGCUGAGCAGCGAAUUCUGUCCCGAGUACACUCUCUGGAGCGGCGCCUGGAAGCUCUCGCUGCCGAGUUUUCCUCCAACUGGCAGAAGGAGGCCUUGCGCCUGGAACGCUUGGAGCUGCGGCAAGGGGCCACUGGCGAGGCAGGUGGCGGCGGCCUGAGCCACGAGGACACCCUGGCACUCCUGGAGGGGCUGGUGAGCCGCCGGGAGGCGGCCCUGAAGGAGGACUUCCGCAGGGACACGGCUGCCUGGAUCCAGGAAGAAGUAGCCACCCUGAGAACAGAACACCAACAGGACGCAGAAGACCUCUUCAAGAAGAUCGUCCAGACCUCCCAGGAGUCUGAGACUCGGCUCCAGCAGCUGAAGUCCGAGUGGCACAGGAUGACCCAGGAGUCCUUCCGCGAGCACUCCAUGAAGGAGCUGGGGCAGCUGGAGGGACAGCUGGCAGGCCUGCGGCAGGAGCUGGCGGCCGUGACCCUGAAGCAGGACUCGGUGGCGGACCAAGUGGGCCUGCUGCCGCAGCAGCUCCAGGCCGUGCGAGACGAUGUGGAGUCUCAGUUCCCCGCCUGGAUCAGCCAGUUCCUUCUCCGAGGCGGGGGAAGCCGCACUGGGCUCCUUCAGCGAGAGGAGAUGCAGGCACAGCUACAGGAGCUGGAGAACAAGGUCCUUGCCCACGUGGCCGAGAUGCAGGGCAAGUCUGCGAGGGAGGCUGUGGCCAGCCUGGGGCUGCGGCUGCAGAAGGAAGGCGCAAUCGGGGUGACAGAGGAGGAGGUGCACCGCAUCGUAAACCAGGCCCUGAAGCGUUACAGUGAGGACCGCAUCGGGAUGGUGGACUACGCGCUGGAAUCAGGAGGGGCCAGUGUGAUCAGCACCCGCUGUUCUGAGACCUACGAGACCAAGACGGCCCUCCUCAGCCUCUUUGGCGUCCCCCUGUGGUACCACUCCCAGUCGCCCCGCGUUAUCCUCCAGCCAGACGUGCACCCGGGCAACUGCUGGGCCUUCCAAGGGCCCCAGGGCUUUGCCGUGGUUCGCCUUUCGGCCCGCAUCCACCCGACUGCCGUCACCUUAGAGCACGUGCCCAAGUCCCUGUCGCCCAACAGCACCAUCUCCAGUGCCCCCAAGGACUUUGCCGUCCUUGGAUUCGACGAAGACCUGCAGCAGCAGGGGACACUUCUGGGCCAGUUCACCUACGACCAGGACGGGGAGCCCAUCCAGACAUUUUAUUUUCAGGACCCUAAAAUGGCCGCAUACCAGGUGGUGGAGCUGCGGAUCCUGACGAACUGGGGCCACCCCGAGUACACCUGCAUCUACCGCUUCAGGGUGCACGGGGAGCCCGCCCACUAGGCCUUCCCCAGGUGCUGCCAGCCAGCGGGGAGGCCAGCCGUGCCCCCCACCCCGGGAGCGGGACAGCAGCACCCCUGCCACGCCCCCACGUGCUUGACAAGAACCGCUGGCUCCGUGGAGACGAGAAAGAAUGCACAGGGCUUUCCUGGCAGCCGGGCAGCUUGAGGGGUGCAGCUGGCUUCAGCGUCUUUUCAUCCUUCGUUCUCCUUCUGCCAGGCGUCUAUCUCCCCUCCUGGGAGGGUGUACAUAUGUAGCAUAUCACAGGGGACUGAGAGGCAGGAGAGGUGAUGAGGGAACACGUCCCAGCAGCCGAGGGUAAGCACUGGCUGCCCCUGGACGCCCCUGGACGCCCCUGGACGCCCCCGCCCAGCCCGUGGUGGAGAGUGGCCCCCUGGAGGCUCUGCUGGGAGGCUGGGGUGAGGCUCCUGCCAAAGCCUCAGGGGCAGGAGCGUGGGCCUUGGUCCCAGGGAGUGAGGCCUAUGGGAGCAAGGUGCUCUCGGUGCAGGUGGGGACCAGGCGGCAGGCGGGAAGCUCCUGCCAGAGGGCUGCGGGGCCCUCCCAUAGCCAGUGCCACGGCCCCGGGGAGCCCAGCCCUGCGAGCCUCUUAAGGGCUUCUGCACACACUUGCCCGGGGUUGGGGCGGUCUGGCUCCAUUGAGCCUCCGAGGGCCCAGGGGCCCGCCCUGCAGGGUCCCCUCUGCAGGGGUUGGGUGGGGUGGGGUACUAGUCACUUGUUCUCUUCUGAUACCGGGACUGGGGCCUGCCCGACCCCUGAGCGAGUCUGCCAAGUCCUCCAGCCGUGCAGGGAGCCUGGACCUGUCCUUUGAGGCCGUGAGCACCUGCGGUCAGCUAUGAGGGUGGGAGCAGGGCACUUCCUGGGCUCUCCUGGUGGCCCGGGGAUGCCCUGGUCGCAGUGAUAUUCAGGGUACCAGGUGGGAGGUUGGCCUGCCCUGCAGGCCCCGCCCCACCCCAUGGCAGUCAGGCCCCUGGUGUAAGGGGCCCUCACCGUCAGCCACCCCCUUGGGGCUCUUUCAGCUCUUGCUCAAUUGUUUCCUUUCUGGAUUUUUUUUCUAGGGGGGGCUGGGGGCGGGGAGGGGGGCUGGGUAGGGCAGGGGCCUGAAGCAGGGGGUUUCUUACCCAGCAGGCCCUGCUGUAGUAUGUAAAUAUUUUUCAAGGUCUGUUUUUUAACUGAAAAGCUAAGGGCUUGAUCCUGGCCCCGUUCUGAGGGGCCCUGGGUGUGACCCUGCCGCCAAGAGGGGCUGCCGUGCACACAGGCCUCCUUAGGAGAGGCCAAGCUGACGGGGCGGUAGCACAAAGUUGGGGUGAGGCGCGGCCCCAGCCCCACCCUGAGUCCCCCCAGCACUGGCUCCCGCACAGCCGCUGCCCCCCAACAACCAAGUUUGGUUUUGUGCUCUUCUGUCACAAAUGCUGCACUAUUGGGUUCUUAGUUUUGUAUCUCCAGAUUCUAGUUUUUGGCUAUGCAAAAAAUAAAUUAUGCCCAGACUGA